AUGGAUGGCGGCAAGCUAGCGUCCGCUAUUUCCAUGGAAUCGCUCAAUUCCGUCAGUACUGAGUCGUGUUCGCAAGUUCGUACGCUGUUCGUGUCCGGUCUGCCAAUGGAUGCGAAACCUCGCGAACUAUACCUACUAUUCCGUGCCUACCGUGGUUACGAGAGUUCAUUGCUCAAAAUGACGGCGAAAAACGGUAAGCCCACAUCGCCGGUGGGCUUCGUGACGUUCCAGACCAGCAAGGAUGCGGACGAUGCUCGUAAAGCCUUACAAGGAGUACGUUUCGAUCCGGACUGUGCGCAGGUACUACGUCUUGAACUCGCCAAAUCGAAUACAAAGGUCAGUCGGCCGAAACAAUCACCUCCGCCCGUUAUUCCUAUUGCGGCACCCUCCCUACAGACGAUGCCUCAAUUCUUGGCACCGCUCCAACCCGCCGAAGCUAUCGUUCUUGAUCAACAUCCGCUACUUCUCGACCAGCAUCAACUGCUUUCACUCAGUCUUCCUCGAUUCCCUGCUACUGCUCAAUCUCUGCCUUUUGCCGGUAUUCUGCAGUCUGAUGGUGCAUAUCACCAGAACGCUGCAAUAUUUCAGGCCGCGCUGGGACUUGGAGCGCAGAAUCCUGCGCUUCAGGGCUGUUCCACAUUGUUUGUUGCGAAUUUGAGUCCCGGUGUAACCGAAGACGAAUUGCGGUCUGUAUUCAAGGCUUUUGCUGGCUUCACAAGACUUCGAAUGCAUACGAAGAACGGCUCCUCUGUGGCUUUCAUCGAAUACUCGUCGCUAGCUUCAGCGACGAGUGCGAUGAUGGCACUACAAGGCUUCCAGUUGGGUUCUUCUGAACGUGGUGGUUUACGGAUCGAGUACGCUCGUAAUAAGAUGGCUGAUGUGAACGGCUGA